AUGCUUUCACCAGCUCUUGACUCCACUGAGCUCGGAGAGCGGUCGACACCUAAAGUCACUGCGACGUCCACGGAAUGUUUCUCCAAUGCCUCGUGGGGAGAUGGCGACGCUAUGGUGUCCUCUCAUGCCACCUACAUUGUUCCUCCUGGCCGAAGUGCACUUGAAGAGACUGAGGAUUGCGAUCUGAUGAGCAUUCCAGCUCCCAAGUCAAUUCUCAGCUAUAGGGAGAGAUCAACUGAGGAGGAACUUACCUUGGGCACGUCUGUGGUUCUGGACGAGUCUCGUGUUGGCGUCGAGAAUCUUCCGGUAGUAGAAGACGAUGACGACGUCGAUGACGAAGACGACCUUCAGACGCCCCUAGUUGAAGCUCCACAAUGGCAUCCGUUGAGCAGCUUUGCACCACCUCCUUCCAUUAUCGAAUCGAUGGGAUCUCCGUCGGCAGACGGAUCAUCACAGGGAACGGCUCGCGACAAGGACUCGUCUUUGCGUGCAAAUUCGAGGCAAUCGGACGACACCGGCUAUAAUGAAGAAAGUGAUGCCAGUCGCUUAGAACACCGAAGACCUCUUCAGACUUUCAAAAAAGCAGCUAUUCAUAGACAUCGUAAAAAUAGUGAAAUCAAUACUUUCCGGGGUAAUAUUAAAUGCAUUGAGCCCAAAAAAAUUCGCGCAAUCAAGCACUAUCCUGGAAAAAUGACUAUCCCUUACAUGGCCUUAUUGUUAGAUGAAAGAGUUAAAUUGUGGCCCAUCAAAUAUAAGGAGGGUUACGUGGCUCCUAUUGCCAUUCCGCUCUAG